CAAAAAAAAAAAAAUAUUUUUGCUGAAAUAUUGAACACAAGUAGUUUAAAAGAAUAGCUUAUGAAUCAAAACUUUUUAUAAAUUCUCUUUAUAUUUUUUUUCUCAAAAAUUUAAUAUAUUUAAUAUAUUAUAUAGUAAGUGUUAAAUUUAUAAAUAAAAAACUACAUACACUCACACAAAUAUACAAAAAAUCAACAUGGAUAUAAUAUCGCAUUCUUUGCCACCAUGUUCAAGACGUGAAACAACAGUUAAAGCUACAACUAGUAAUUUAGCCUUAGAUCAACAAAGCCUUUGCCAAACAUCCGUCCCAGCAAUUAAAAUUUCAUCAACAUUCUUAUCUACUACUCCUAUAAAAUCUGAUCAAGAAAUAUUAAAAAAUUCUAUGCUUGAAGAUGAUCCAAAUGGUAAUUUAGCAUUAUCAACAGGCGGUGAAAUAAGUAAAAGUCCAAGAUGGGGUCCACAACAUAUAGGUGCAAAAGAAUUAGCAAAUUUAUAUAGUCCUGGUAAACGAAUUCAGGAAAUAAUAUGUGUAGUCACUUGUAUCGCCUUGAUGAUAUUAGAUUUUAUAUUUAUGAUAAAACAUUUCCAUUUAGAAAAAAUUAGUUUUGCUUUUAUAGCAGCAUUUUUUGGUAUUUUAACAGCAGAUUUCGGUUCUGGUUUAGUACAUUGGGCUGCAGAUACAUGGGGUUCUGUAGAAUUACCAAUUAUAGGAAAGAAUUUCUUAAGACCAUUUCGUGAACAUCAUAUAGAUCCGACAUCAAUAACAAGACAUGAUUUCAUUGAAACAAAUGGUGAUAAUUUUGCCGUAACAAUACCAAUAUUAGCUUUAUUAGCUUGUAAUUUUUUAACAAAAACUCCAACUGAAAUUCAAAAUGAAUUUGCUUGGAUUUGUUAUUUAUUUUUAUGCUCAAUAUUUGUAGCAAUGACUAAUCAAAUUCAUAAAUGGUCUCACACCUAUUGGGGUUUACCAAGGUGGGUUCUAUUUUUACAAAAUCAUCAUGUAAUUUUACCACGUAAACAUCACAGAAUUCAUCAUGUGGCACCACAUGAAACUUAUUUUUGUAUGACAACCGGUUGGUUAAAUUGGCCUUUGGAGAAAAUCAGAUUUUGGCCAGCUAUGGAAGCCUGUAUAGAAUAUAUUACAGGACAUAAACCAAGAGCAGAUGACUUAAAAUGGGCUAGUAAAAUGGAAUAGCAACAAAAAUUAUUAUAUAAAAAUUUAAAAAUGAAGAGAACACAACAAAAUCAAAUCAUAAGAAAAUCAAUUUUUUUUUACAAAAGCUCAACAAUUUCAUUCAAACAAAAAAAAAAAACAACAACAACAAGUUUUUUCUUUACUUACAUAUUUUUAUAUUAUAAAUUAAAAAAAUAUAUAUAAAAUUAUUCAGCUUAAAAUUACAAAAUCAUCAUAAUAAUAAAAAACCAAAGAAAUAUAAAAAUAUAUAGG